CACCGGGCCAGUUGUUUUUGUUGUGAAUGAGGAAGCGCUAUUUCAAAACUGGGCGUCAGUACAACGUAAACACAGAAAUUAAUUUCUGUUUUCCCACACUGAAUUCAGUAAAACCUGAGUUCGCCUUACAGUUACAUACAGUUCACCAGCUACCUUCGUCGACAAAGAAAGGAAGACAUAUUUCGACAGGACUCUGCAUGGUUGGUGUGUUGUGCAGACAUGGCGUUGGAGGAAGGGGCGCGGAGCUCUCUGCUGCGUUUUCGCCACAAACUGGAGCAGGACAUAAAGCCCUCCUACCUGAUGGACCAUAUGAUCAGUGAUGGUGUGCUGACUGGGGAUGAGGAAGAGAGGAUCAGGACACAGCCCACCAGGAAGGAUCAGGCUGUGGCCCUCCUGGAACUUUUGCUCAGGAAGGACAACCGUGCCUACAUCUCCUUCUACAAUGCCCUGGUCAAGGAGACGUACAGUGAUUUGGCCAGUCUGCUUCACGAUGGCCUACCGUGCAUGUCUUCUGAGUCACAAAAGAGCAACUCUGACGGCUGCACACCUUAUGUCCAGACAGUGCUCAGUGAAGGCGGCGUGCCACAGAGGCCUGUGGUGUUUGUUAGCAGACCAGAGCUUGUGAACCGGAUCAGGGAGAAACUCUACAGGCUGCAGAAGAAGCCCGGCUGGAUCACUGUUUUUGGCAUGGCUGGCUCUGGCAAAUCUGUCCUGGCUGCUGAGGCCGUCAGACACCACAGCCUCAUUGAAGAGUGCUUCCCUGGAGGGAUCCACUGGCUGUCCAUCGGCCAACUGGACAAACCGGCAUUGCUGUCUAAGAUCCAGUCAUUGUGUUUUCGUCUGGAGCAGAGCCUGGAUUCCCAGUGCCUCCACAGGCUCCCCAACUCUCUGGAUGAGGUCAAGGAACGCCUGCGCUUCCUCAUGCUGCGCAGAUAUCCAAGAGCUCUGCUGAUUCUAGAUGACAUCUGGGACAGCUCGGUACUAAAGAUGUUUGAUAUUAACUGUCGGAUUCUUCUGACCACCAGAAAUAGGAGCGUCACUGAUUCCGUUAGUGGCAUUAAAUAUGAGGUAGAAGUGGAGAGUGGCCUGGGUGAAGAGAAGUCACUGGAGAUCCUCUCUCUGUACACUAAAACGAAACCCCACAGUCUUCCUGAGGAGGCUCGUGGUAUUGUCAGAGAAUGUAAAGGUUCCCCUCUGGUAGUGUCGCUGAUCGGGGCUCUGCUCAAAGAGAAACCCAACCGCUGGCAAUACUACCUCUGCCAGCUGCAGCAGAAGCAGUUGAGGCGUAUAAAGAAGUCAACGUCUUACGACUACGACGCCCUCUACCAAGCGAUGGCUGCUAGCAUUGACGUCCUACCUGAUGAUCAUCAAGAGCUCUACAAGGACUUUACUGUGUUCGAGAAAGACGUCAAAGUCCCUGCAAAGUUGCUGUCUGUUCUGUGGGACUUGGAGCCAGAAGACGUGGAGGACAUUCUUGAGGAGUUUGUCAAUAAGUCUCUGCUCUUUUUGGACAGUCACAAUAAACCGUACCUUUACUACCUCCAUGACCUCCAGCUUGACUUCCUGGUGGAGCAGAAUCGCAAUCAGCUCGAGAAUCUCCACACUAAAGUGGUGCAUCAGUACCAACAGUACUACAGAAAUGCUCCUCCCAUCUCAGGAGAUGAGGAAUGUCUCUAUUGGAUCAGAUUCCUCACAUACCACAUGGCCAAAGCCAACCUCUCCCAGGAUCUCUACUCGCUCAUGUUUUCUCUGGACUGGGUCAGCAUCAAGGCCAAGAUAAUGGGUCCAGCUCUCCUGAUCAAUGACUAUGUGGAGUAUGGACACAUUCUGGACAAGGAGAACAGUGAAGUGCGCAGUCAGUUCCAGGAGUUUCUGUCUCUUAACGGCCACCAUCUGGAGCAGCGUCCUUUCCCCGACGUGGUGCAGCUUGCUCUGUCUCAGCCACAGACCUCUGAGGUCUGUAGACAGGCUCUGCUGCAGGCGCAGGACCGGACCAGCAAAGGGAAACUCUACUUUCAGUGGCUGAAUAAUAGCAGUAUAGAGAGUCUGUCCCGUCUGGUGAUCCACCCCCACCAGGGCUCCAUCUACUCCGCCUGCUUCUCCCACGAUGGAACCAAGAUCGCCUCCAGUGGAGCCAGCAAAACACUCAAGGUAUUUAAAAGCACCACGGGUGAGAAGCUCACAGAGAUUCAGGCCCAUGAUGAUGAGGUGCUCUGCUGUGCCUUUUCCCCUGAUGACCACCUGCUGGCGACGUGCUCUAUUGACAGGAAAGUCAAGUUGUGGAAUGUGGAGCGAGCCUUGCUGCUGAGGGUUUUUGAGGAGGAGCAUGAAGAGCAGAUCAACCACUGCCAGUUUACCAACACAACACAGCGCCUCCUGCUGGCCACCUGCUCCAACGACAAGUUCUUGAAUGUCAAGUUGUGGAACCUCAACAAGCCGUCCUCCCAGAACACCAUGUUUGGCCACUCUGAGCCAGUCAACCACUGCUGUUUCUCCCCUGAUGACACCUACGUCUCCACUUCCUCCAACGACGGGACCGUUAAGUUAUUUCAGGCGUCAUCUGCCAAUGAGUGGAAGACAAUCAAUGUGAGAGACGUGUUUACAGAAAGCGAAGAGGACGUCCCUGUCAAGUGCAGCACGUGGACUGCUGACGGCAGCCGUGUCAUAUGUGCAGCCAGGAAUGCCAUUCUGGUGUUUGACGUGGAGACGUCGGACAUGUUGUUGGAGAUCAAAACAAACCGUCUGAGCACGGUGCAAUAUUGUCACGCCUGUCCUACCAGCAAUCUGCUGGCUAUCGCUUUCUCAAACUAUGCCGUGGAGCUGUGGGACUUGGAGGCCAAUAAGAAGAUGGCUGACUGCAGUGGUCACCUGAGCUGGGUCCACCGUGUCCAGUUCUCACCUGAUGGCUCGCAGCUGCUCUCCUGCUCUGACGACCAGACUGUCAGGUUGUGGGAGACAAAGAAGGUGCACACCUCGUCGGCCAUCUGCCUGAAAAGAGACUCUGACGUUCUCUUCAGUGAUGAAGAAAUCAUCGUGUCAGCUGCAGACAAUUGCAACCGACUGCAGGUACGUGCUGGCCGGACAGGAUCGGUGCUGUUCCAGUCGGAGGAGAAGUCGUCCAGGAUCCGGUGUACGUGCUUGUGCAGGCAGCCCUUCGCCGUGGCCCUGGGCCAAGAAGAUGGCUGUGCGCAGGCAGCAGGGCUGACAGCUAGUCAGGUACUGAGAACGGUUGGCUGCAGGAUCCGACAACUGCUGACCUCCUUCAGGGGGUUUGUUCUGGCUGUAGGGUUUUUCACAGGCUGCGUGCAGGUGUUGGAGGUGCCCUCUGGAAAGGUCCUGGCCACUUUGCUCGGACACACGAAGACGGUGCUGCACUGUCAGUUCAGUCAGAAUGGCCAGAUACUUAUCACAUCCUCUGAGGACACCACCCUAAGGGUGUGGAGGUGGCAAUCAGGGGAGUGUAAAGUACUGCACGGUCACAAGGAACAAGUCAGAUGUUUCUCGCUGCUCUCCAGCUCACCCGCCGACACAAGACUGCUGUCCUGGUCGUUCGACGGCACUGUCAAGUUGUGGGACAUGGAAAGUGGCGAGAAGCUGCAGGACAUCGAAACUCAUCAGGGAGCCAUUCUGUCCUGUCAUGUCUCGCCAGACGGGUGCCUCUUCGCCACCACCUCUGCUGACAAAACUGCUAAGGUGUGGCACUGUGAGUCCUGGCAGUGUAUCCACACGCUGAGAGGCCACCAAGAAUGUGUCCGAAGCUGCCGAUUCUCCUGGGACGGCCGACGCCUCGCAACAGGGGAUGACAAUGGAGAGAUUCGGCUCUGGAGUGUGAAGGACGGCACUUUGCUGAAGAUUUGUUCCCGGGAUGGUAAAGACGGCAUGGAUUCACUCCACGGAGGCUGGGUGACCGACCUGCACUUCUCCAAAGACGACUCUGUUCUGGUGUCGACCGGUGGUUACAUCAAGUGGUGGGAUGUGGAGAAAGGCGAGGCCCUGCAGACCUUCUACCCGACGGGAACCGCGCUGAAGAAGAUCCACGUCUCGGCCGACUUCUCCACCUUCGUCACCAUUGACAGCAUCGGCAUCCUCUACAUCCUGCAGAGGGUGGUGUGAUGUCACGCACUGUGCUACAUUUUUCUUUAAAAACCUGCAAACAGAAGUUAAAAUUCUCAACUGCAUCAGCGUCUCAUUAGGGAGUUUUACAACAUCCCAUAACUGCAAGAUUUCUCAGAUUUGUUUAGCUUUUCAACUGCGUUCAGACCAAUCAGACAUCCACCUUCUGUUCUUUAAGGUUAGAUGACUGAUUUACCACGAUGGGGUCAAAGAAAAAAAAGAAAAAAACAAGGAAAGACGCAGCAGCAUGUCGACUCAAGAAAAGACAAAAGUGUUUGUGACGAUCAGGUCUUCUCCAGCAGGUCUUUUGAAUCAUUCAUACCUGAUGAUGAGGUUAAUACAAAGCAGUUAAGACGAUGUGAUCCUCACAUCGCUUCAAAUGUGAAUAACACUUGUUUAUCCGUAUUCUUUAAGGGCUGAACAUUAUUGCACGUGAUGUGAGAGAUUUUUCAUUUCGUUGCAUGUAAUAGAUAUAAACUGCUGCGCACGUCUCCCGAUCUGUUAGAAGUCAUGAUAAUCUCGUCUACACUGUGAUGUUUUUUGGACUUGAAUUUAAUGUGUUUGAAACUUGGUCUUUGGUGUGAGUAUUGCUGAGCCUUUUAUUUACACUGCAGCCUUAGUCUGAAUGGGAACACUUUAGGUGCCGGAGGGUUAUGUAUGUUUACUAUACACGGGUUUCUCAAUCCACCAGCAUAGCUACAACUUUGGGUGCACUUUGAUAAGCAUUAAAAAUUAAUAGUUAGAUUAAGUUUUAAUCAUUGAGCAUUUGAAAGUGAAUCCAAAAACAUUUGAGAGCCUGUGGGUCUAUUUGUACAUCCAAACGGUUUGUACUUUUGAACUUAGAUCAAAGAUUAAUGUUUUCUACAAAAAAAAAAUAAUUUAUAUUCCAAAUUUCCAUUUGCUAAUAUUAAAAGGCACUUUUUGUGCUUCAUUGAUUACCUAUUUUGUUUUGAUUCUGUACUUUUUAACUCUACACGCUACGUUUUACACAUUUUUACCCGCGUGUUGUCUAACUACUGAGCCUUUUCCUGUUCAGAGCACUCUGAAGCAGGAGUUACAAUCUUUAAUGAAGUUUUUGCUGACAUGGCUGGCUUUGUUCAGAUAUAUAAAAAUGCCUCCUCCCUUUGAUUUAACAAUACAGAUGAGGGCUUAUUCCAAGUAUGUAACACUGAGCCAAGUGUCGUUUCACAGGGACGAUACAGGCUCCAGCACCGUUAGCAGAAAUGCACACAUAAAGACAAUAAAUGACCUCAAGUGAGGAUGCAUUUCAACAUAUCUGAUCAAUGCUGUUGUCAUUUUCACGUUGUGCUCUUAGGGAUUGGUGCUUUGAAGUCAGCACAAAUUCAAUCAACAGACUUCCUUCCAGUGAGGACGUCUCUGUCUAACAAAAUUGCAGAAAUGUUGAUGUCUGCUCAGGAUGUAUUGGUACGGUUAUAUACUAUGUGGUGCAAUGUCAGUGUAAUUUAUAAAAGAUUAAACUUCACUAUGAUGA